CACCCCCAGGCCCGAGGGCCCCGCCCGGCCCGGCCCUGCUCGGGGGCGGUGCCGCCACCGCCGCCGCGCUGGUUCCUGAUUCCCAGGGAGAGCCCGGCUUCGGCAAGUCCCUCCUCCGCCUCGGCAGUGCGGGCCGCCUCCCUCCCCUCCUCCCUCGGCCGUAGCCUCCUCCGGCGGCAGCGGCGGUGUCCGCCGGCCCCAUGGCGGCGGAGCCCCAGCCCAAGGCGCUGACUCGCAAGCCUCUCCUGCUCAACAAGGUGGAGGGCUCGCAGGAGGUGGUGAACAUGGCAGCGAUAGUGCCCAAGGAGGACGGGGUCAUCAGCGUCUCCGAGGACAGAACAGUUCGUGUUUGGCUGAAGAGAGACAGUGGGCAGUACUGGCCCAGUAUAUACCAUGCAAUGCCAUCUCCAUGUUCAUGCAUGUCUUUUAACCCGGAAACCAGAAGGCUGUCCAUAGGUCUAGACAAUGGUACAAUCUCAGAAUUUAUUUUAUCUGAAGAUUACAACAAGAUGACACUAGUGAAAAGUUACCAGGCUCAUCAAAGCAGGGUCAUCAUGAUUCUCUUUGUCCUGGAAAUGGAGUGGGUGUUAAGCACUGGACAAGAUAAACACUUCACAUGGCACUGUUCAGAAAGUGGCCAGCGGCUGGGAGGGUACCGCACCAGCGCAGGUGCCUGUGGCCUGCAAUUUGAUGUGGAAACCCGGCAUGUGUUUGUUGGUGAUCAUUCUGGGCAAGUGACCAUACUCAAACUAGAGCAAGAGUCCUGCAGCCUUGUUACAACAUUUAAGGGACACACAGGUGGUGUCACUGCUCUCUGUUGGGACCCAAUACAGCGAGUUUUAUUCUCAGGCAGUUCUGAUCAUUCCAUUAUAAUGUGGGAUAUUGGAGGAAGAAAAGGAACAGCCAUCGAGCUGCAAGGACAUAAUGAUAAAGUUCAGUCUCUCUCCUAUGCUCACCACACUCGGCAGCUCAUCUCUUGCGGAGCAGAUGGAGGAAUUGUCGUCUGGAACAUGGAUGUUGAGAGGCAGGAGACCCCUGAGUGGCUGGAUAGUGAUUCCUGUCAAAAAUGUGACCAGCCUUUCUUCUGGAACUUCAAGCAAAUGUGGGACAGUAAGAAAAUAGGCCUCAGGCAGCAUCACUGCCGGAAGUGUGGAAAAGCUGUGUGCGGCAAAUGCAGCUCCAAGCGCUCCUCCAUCCCGCUGAUGGGGUUUGAGUUUGAAGUGAGGGUCUGCGACAGCUGUCACGAGUCCAUAACAGAUGAAGAGCGGGCGCCUACAGCUACUUUCCACGACAGUAAGCACAACAUUGUUCACGUACACUUUGAUGCCACCAGGGGAUGGCUGUUGACCUCGGGGACAGACAAGGUUAUUAAGUUGUGGGAUAUGACACCAGUAGUGUCUUGAUGUUACAUCAGUGGAACUGGAAAGGUGACAUUUACAGAUGAAACCGAUUUUCUAACCCUAAUCAUACUGCAGAAGAUAGAUAACGUUGGGUGCAUACAGCAGAUGAGAAAGGAACUAAUGCGUUUACAAUUUUAUGUCCUCUGCUUGAUCAAGGCUGAACAUUUGCACGAAGACUCUUUCCACUUCUCAAAAUAUUCAAGAAGGUAUUUUUUUAACUAACGGUUUGUACAAUCUGACUUCAGCUGUCUUGAAUUCGUUUGGAAAAUCUGUGUGCAGUGCAAUUUUUAGUUUUUAUAUUUAACUAUGUCAAGACACUUACUGCUUUGUACAGAGGGUUCUUGGGUUGUGCCCUACCAUGUGAGUUUUUGGUAUCAACAGACUGUAUUAGGCAAUCAGCUCUCCCACAGCAAGUACCUAUUGAUUUGGGAUAUUUCUGCUGACCAUGCUCUCUUCAGUGGAGGAACCCCAAGUGCAGUGUUGCAUGUUCUCUGGGUGCAUCACCAAGGAGCUGAUGGACUACUGCAAUUCCUAAAAGGGCUCUACCAUCUACUUGUCCUAGUGGGCAUCAUCCAGAGAGCAUUUUAUUGGUCUGUGUAAUCUUCCUGCCUCUUCCUUUGCUGCACAAGUUGCAAAACCAGGGGGCAGGUUGCUCAGCAACUAAUUUCUACAGAAAACUGAAAUAGUUUUCCAGCUCAGAGCAUUACAAGGAACACACAGACUUGUUUGAGUUUGAUGAAGCUGACAGGCUGAUUCAAAUGAAAUUAUUGUCAACAGGAACUUUUGGGAGUGUGUGCAUGGAGGGUGGGCAGAUCUAAAACUGGUGUAGGUUGGAAAAGUCUGGUUAACCUCUACCUCUACCUCUACCUUGCACAGCAACAUUUCAGCAUUUAUAUCUGUCUGAGUUGUUGAAGAUGAUUUUUGUUUUUCCUGUUUUCCAUAUGGUUAGUCAUAUUUUUUUUAAAAUGCUGAUGUUUUUUAUUAAUUUCCUCUAUAGACCCAAAACUGAUAUUGCUGAAUGACGCCCAUUGUCCUGUUGUCAUAUUUUAUGGUUUCUUUUAAAAAUAAACAGUAUUUAAAAACCUGGACUGACCAAAAUUACCUUGUUCGAAGGGCAUUGUCAAGAUGAAUGAUUGAAAAAAACCCCUUUUUUUCCAAAGAGAUCUUCUCUGAAGGGUCAACUCUCUGUUCCAUUAAUCCAUUUCAAAUUUUAGCAUGGUACGGCUGAUGCACUUCAAAGAAAGUGGUGUAGAGAGUAGAACUGCAAACCAGACCAAGGGCUUUCCUGUAUCCACUGUUUCAGCAGGCCUUGUAGUCUGUAGCUGCAGUGACACAGGACAUUGGUGGUGCUCAGUCUUGCCCCAUUUUGGACUUUACUUUUCCCUUCUAAAGUGGGGAGGCCAUGAUGUUUACCACUACAGAGCUCAUUGCCACCUAGAGAAGCCUGGUGUUCUUUCUUCAGUUAGAACAUCAAAAGAAAGUAAAGCUUCUCCUUUGUUUAUCCAACACUAAUUCACUUUUGAGUUAAAAAAAAAGGUUAACACGAUCCAUGGCAUUAAUUCUGGUCCGGUGAGCUGCUGCAGUAAAGAGUGAGUGGACUUUCAUGUGUGCAUCACAGGACUGCUAUGUAUUUUCAAGGAAAAUUCUCUUUUUAAACAUCCUAUAAACUGUGAUGAAGCAUUUUGCAGUCACAUUCUCUGAAAUAAUGCCACCUUGGCUUUCCUGGUCAUACAGCCUGUUGAUAGUUCCCCUCUAGGCAGCAUAUUUUAAAGCAUAUUUUCAAACAUAAUUCACACAGCACUAAAAAUAUUAUUUUUCCAGCUUGAGUGUUAAUUGUUUUCUAAGUCCUCCCACUUUCUCUCCUGGAAACUAGAAACUUGUUUCCUCUUAGAAGGCUUUUCAUUACAACUUGUGCAUGUUUUCUGAUGACUGAAGUGUUCUUGGCUGUUGAAGCUAUGCAAGAUGAGCAAGUUGCCUGCCAAUAUUUCAUUCCAGCUUGAAAAGAUGUACAAAACUUUGCUGCACUUUGAUGUUCUGUGUUACCUCGGACUCAGGGCCUUCUGGCCAAAGACCUGACUUGCUUUGCUGUGCAGGGAGUGUAUCUCAUGGUGAUGGAAACAUGGGCACACCAAAGUGGAUUUAAAGGACAGUUUAGUGCUCUGUUUCUGAGGAGACAGCAUUUGCAACAAAUCUGGUACUCCAGCAUGAAUUGUGCUUCCGCUGAUGGAGUGGUGGAGUCAGCAAGCUGAGGAUCUGCUCCUGGGUCAGCACCUAGUCCUGAAUACAUAAUGUUCAAACAAAGAUGAGGAACUGACUCCGAAGGAGACUAAAUAUGGGAGGUACAUGUGUUUGGACUGUUCUGCAGUAAACUCUUGGCCACUCCCCCAUUGUCUUCCAAGGAGUCAUGGUUUCAGUGUUGCUUGUUGAGUAGAUGUUGGGUAUAUAAAUCCAUUUUGCAAAAUUUUCCUGGCUCUUCUUUCUGACUGAAUUACCUGCAGGGUUAUCUGAAUUUAAGCUAAAUAUCUCCUUAUCUUGCAGUUGCAGGACAAACUCAUCUGGGUUUAGAAAAUUAUAUAAGCUGAAAAGUGAAGCUGAGGGGGGAAGGGAAGUUUGUCCCUUUGCUAUGCCCUUAAAAGCUAUAAUGUAGAGAUAGGAAGUGAAAAUAGAUGUCUGUAAUUCAGUAAUUCUUUUACCUUCCAAAUGAAGUAAGGAGGAUAUGACACUGGGAGAGUUAAAACACCUGCCUUCCUCUUCUAUUACUUUCUUCUGUCUACUAGAUCCACCCAAAAAGUGAUCCCUGUUGCCUGGUCAUUUUCUUUCAAUUUUACUGAUUAACACACCUGAGCUAUUUUUAUGAAUUGCAUUAUUGGAAAGAGGGUGUCUUUUGAUACAGGUGUAAACUGUGCAGCACCACAUGCAUACACACAUCCACACACACUCAAAUGAAGCCAAGUGCCCUUUCUCCAGGGUUCCUGAAGGGCAGCUGCUUUUAGUGAUACCUCCUGCUAUGACAAGGGGUGUACAAACAAUGCUGUCCUCCCUUUGCUCUUCACAUCAGAAAAAGUGAUUUUCAUUUCUCACUUAGCUGGUGUUUCCUUGGGGGAGGAAGCAGUGUUCUUUAGAGCAUCUCCCUGCUAUUCUUGGCUUUACAAUGAACUGUGUCCGUAGUGCUUAGGCAGGUGAUGGGGCAGGCACUGGUCACAUACAGAGUGCUUGAGCAGGUGGCUUGAUCCAGGUGGGACAACCUGAGCCCCAAACUUCAGUCUUUUUAAACUGAAAAUAUUUGUAUGAAGGGAAAAGAAUGCUUGCAACUGCUUGCAAUGAUGGUCCUCCAAUCUACAAGAAGACUAACAUCAUGAUUAGAUGUGGUUGAAACAGGGUGGUGCAAAAGACUAAAAGUCAGCCAGUCUAACAAAGAAUAAUCCUGAAUGGUGACAUUCAUGUGCUCAGCUAUUGGCACCCUUGUCUAUAGCUGCUUUUUACAAUGAAACCCAGGUGACCUCCAUACUUUGUCCUCCUGAACUUGAGGCCAUCACCUGAAUGUCAGCGUGUUGACUCUUAGCACAUCAGUAAUGAUAACUGCACUUUCCAUGAGAGGGUGGCAUGAGUAUCUCCAGUACUGGGAAUAGAAUAGAUAUGUUCCCUCUGAGUGGGGUUGGUUCCUGAAAAGAAGGGGGAUGGCUGGUUGUGCAAAAAAAAUGAUGCAAAGCAAGUGUAGGGAAAAAAAAGUUUGCUUUAUGCCUGCUGAGGAAAUCAUUGUUAGAAAGGAAUAUGCAACUUUUUUUUCCAUCUGUGUCCAGUUCUGUGCUCCCCAGUAAAAGAGAGAGAUGAAACUACUGGACAGAGUCUCAUAAAGGGCCACUGAGAUGAUGAAGGUACUGGAGCAUCUCUGGGAGAGAUAGAACUGUUCAGCCUGGAGAAGAGAAGGCUCGGAGGGAUCUCAUCAAUGUGUAUAAAUACCUGAAGGCAGGGUGCAAAGAGGAUGGAGCCAGGCUCUUUUCACUGGUGCCCAGUGACAGGACAGAGGCAAUGUGUAUAAACUGAAACACAGGAGGUUCCCUCUGAACAUCAGAAAACGCUUUACUGUGAGGAGGACCAAGCACUGACAAAAGCUGGCCAGGGAAGUUGUUUGUGGGUUCUCCAUCCUUGGAGAUAUUCAAAAGCCAACUGGGCAUGAUCCUGGGCAACUAGCACGAGGUGACCCUGCUUGAGAAGGACCAGAUGACUUCUGCAGGUUCUUUCCCACCUCAGUCAUUCUGUGAUUCAAAGUCCACUUAACAUUUCUGUCUACUCUAUGGCUUAGGGAAAAAAGUAUUAAGUAUCUUUUUUUAAAUCUAAACUACUAACAAAUUAGCAAAUAUUACCUAUGUCUGUCCUCGCUGGUACUAACAGGAUUUGGAUAACAACGACCAAAAUUCUGUUCUGUAGCACAGAGGAAAUAGGCCUAUUUGGCCUAUGUGUGGUUUUACAGACCAUGUCCUUUCCCGAAGACCACAUGGAGCACCUGGCAUGUUUUCAGUUAGGGCUUAGAAGACUUUGUUUCUAUGUGUGACAAUUAUAUGUAACAGUAAUAACAAACUUGAUCCUUUUUUCAGGAUGCAUUGUCCCUUCAGUGAAGACCUCUUGUGUAAUAUUGAGGAAGACAGAUUUUUCUCUUCAAAACUGCAUCCUGUGAAUUUUGGCAGGAACUCUUUGCUCUUUGGAAUUAAAAAAGUGGUCCUUAGUUUGACAGUAACCUGAAGUUCUGGAACUUGAGAUCACAGAAUCACAAAAUAUGCUGAGUUGGAAGGGACCCACAAGGAUCAUUGAGUCCAACCCUUAGCCCUGCACAGGACCAUCCCCAAGAGUCACACCAUGUGCCUGAGAGUAUCAUCCAAAUGCUUCUUGAACUCUGUCAGGCUUGGUGCUGUGACCACUUCCCUGGGGAGCCUGGUCCAGUGCCCAACCACCCUCUGGGUGAAGACCCUUUUUCUAAUAUCCAACCUAAACCUCCCCUGACACAAUUUCAGGUCAUUUUUGUGGGUCCUGUCACCAGUCACCACAGAGAAGUGAUCAGUGUCUGCCCCUCCUCUUCCCCUCAUGAGCAAGUUAUAGAUGCAAUGAGGUCUCCCCUCAGUCUCCUCUUCUCCAGGCUGAACAGAACAAAUGACCUCAGCUGCUCCUCAUACGGCUUCCCCUCCAGACCCUUCACCAUCUUCGUUGCCCUUCUUUGGAUUAACUUUGUGCGGUCACAUGUGACUUUUCAUUGCAUUUUCCCAGUUUGGGGAUUUUCCCUUUUGACCUGUCUUUGGCCAUCUCUGAAAUUUUGUUUGCUGCAAGGACACAUUGUACUGUUCAGAACAGAAAGAGAUUGAGUUCAAUAGAAAUUGCUGCCAAGUGGGGACAUUAAACUCAAACCCAAAUGAAAACAAAAGCGUGCAGUCUCCUGGCAAAGUCUUUGCAAAGAACAGAUACCAGGAGAGAAAUGUUAUCAGCAUAUAAAGAAAAAAAAAAAAGCCAGUAGUAUAGAAAUGAA